AUGGCAGAAGGCUCAGCUGUUCCCACUGCCAGCAAGGGCUCUUGGGCCUCCUUCAAUGGCGACCUUUCGUCUCUUACCGCCCCUGCCUUCAUCUUGUCGACAACUUCGCUCACCGAGUUCUCGGCGUACUGGGCUGAGAUGCCCUCCGUCCUGGUCGCUCCCGCCUCGGAACAGGACAAGCAGAGACGCUGCAUGCUCGUCUUGAAGUGGUUCUUGAGCACCCUCAAGCAACAAUACACAUCGCGCAACGAGAAGCUCGGUAGCGAGAAGAAGCCNCUCAACCCCUUCUUGGGUGAGCUGUUCUUGGGCAAGUGGGUCGACCAGGCCGGCACCACCGAGCUCGUCAGUGAGCAAGUCAGCCACCACCCUCCAGUCACUGCAUACAGCAUCUGGAACAAGCAACACGGUGUCCGCCUCCAGGGAUACAACGCCCAGAAGGCCUCUUUCGGUAGAACCAUCAACGUCAAGCAGAUCGGUCACGCCGUCCUCCACAUCGACGAGUACGACGAGGACUACCUCAUUACCCUCCCCGCUCUCCACAUUGAGGGUCUGAUCACCGGUUCGCCGUACGUCGAGCUCGAGAAGAACACCCACAUCGUUUCCUCCACUGGCUACACCUGCAAGAUCGACUACAGCGGCAAGGGUUGGGUCAGCGGCAAGAAGAACUCCUUCACCGCCACAAUGUACCCCAACGGUCGCGAGAAGGACGUCAUCUACAACGCCGAGGGCCAAUGGAGCGGCAGCUUUGUCAUCAAGGAUGCCCACAAGAAGGUUGUCGACUCGUACGACGCCUCAAAGAUGCAAAAGACNCCCCUCACAGUCGCUCCCAUCGAACAGCAGGACCCUCUCGAGUCGCGCCGCGCCUGGUACAAGGUCGCCGAGGCCAUCAACCGUGGUGAUAUGGACACCACUUCGGCCGAGAAGUCGCUCAUUGAGAACCAGCAGCGCGAAUUGCGCAAGAGAGAAAAGGAGCAGGGUUCCGAGUGGCACCGUAGAUUCUUCAACCGCGUGCCUAACAGCCCACGUUUCGACGCCAUGAUCCACCAAGUCCCUGGCGGCAGUCUCGAGGCCGACAAGACAAACGGUGUCUGGGAGUUCGACCCUGCCAGAGCCAUGGCAGCCAACCCUGCCUACCAGAUCUAA